AUGAGAAGAAGAAGCCCGUCACAUUCCGAUAACAAUUUUGCAGUACCGAACAACAACUGCUCCUCUAAUAACUCAAACUCACAACAAGUACUAUCUCCUACUUCUGAUGACCUUAACGCUAAUGAACCUAAUGACCCUGAUGAUAGUAGGCCCUGUCUACUAUCUCAAUCGCAUUCAAAAUUACAAUCGGAAUCUGUUAUAAGAAACAACAAAAAGCCAGGAACUACGGUCGCUGGUGAAGAAACUACCAGCCCUGGCAAACAUCGUACCAACAAGAAGAAACACGUGUCCACCUCUGCUAGCUCGAACUUGAAACUAGAUUUGGACAUAUCGAUGGCAAAGGCCUUCUCAAACUCUACUGCAAAUGCCGUAGCUGUUCCAAGAAUGAUUAUUCCGAAGAAUACAUCUACUCCAAUUUCUACCACAUCUAUGAACUCCAAUAACAUUAUUUCUACGCCGAUGUCCAAAUAUUCAGAUUCGUUUAUGUCUUCACAAUCUUCGUAUAAUUCUUCUUCGUUAUCAUCUUUUUCAACUUCAAGUCCUUCAUAUCAUUCUUUCCCUUUUAACUCAUCUUCUUCUUAUAAUAAUAAAUUAUACCAUAAGAAGAAUUUAAGUAAUAGUGUGCAUGGUUCUCAAUCGAGUCCAAGCUCUGCAAGAAGUAAAAACAUUCCUAAACCUAUUACCUUGAAAAGAUAUCCUCAUGAUCCUUCUUCUAAGGAAUCUUUAGUCAUUGAUGACGUUAUUGAAAAAUUAUUAAAGCUUGGGUUACCAAAUUCUUCUGACUCUUCCAGUUCAUCAUCUUCAUCGUCUGGAUUUGUAUCAAGAAAACAUAGAAGUAAAGACUUCCCCUUCCAUUCAUGGGAAAUUCAACUAAUUUGUAAUCAUGCAAGGGAAAUUUUUUUGGCUCAACCAACUUUAUUGAAAUUACAAUCUUCUAUUAAAAUUGUUGGUGAUAUUCAUGGUCAAUUUACUGAUCUUUUAAGGAUUUUGAAAUUAUCAGGUGAUCCAUCUCAGACUAAUUAUCUUUUCUUGGGUGAUUAUGUGGACAGAGGAAAACAAUCGUUAGAGACUAUUCUCUUAUUGCUUUGUUACAAGAUUAAAUAUCCAAAUAAUUUCUUUAUGAUUAGAGGGAACCAUGAAUCUGCCAACGUAACCAAGAUGUAUGGUUUUUACGAUGAAUGUAAGAGAAGGAAAAAUACAAAAGUUUGGAAAUCAUUCAUUGAUGUAUUUAAUUCUUUACCUCUGGCAGCUACCAUCCAAGACAAGAUUUUUUGCGUCCAUGGUGGUAUUUCACCUGAUUUAACUGAUUUAAAACAAAUUGACAGUAUUGUAAGGCCCACUGAUAUCCCUGAUGAAGGUCUUGUCACGGAUUUACUAUGGAGUGAUCCUGAUUCAUCAAUUAAUAAUUGGUCUUUAAAUGAUAGGGGAGUAUCUUACACAUUUUCAAAGAAGAAUGUACUGGAUUUUUGUUCCAAGUUUAAAUUCGAUCUAAUCAUUAGAGGCCACAUGGUAGUGGAAGAUGGUUAUGAAUUUUUCGCAAAGAAAAAAUUCGUUACAGUCUUUUCAGCACCAAAUUAUUGUGGUGAAUUUCAAAAUUGGGGGGCUGUCAUGAGUGUCACAACGGGAUUGAUGUGCAGUUUCGAAUUAUUGAAGCCUCACUCUUUGAAAAAUACCAAAAAAAGAUAG